GACGAGGCGGGACCGCCGACAGGAUGGUGGAGCGGUCGGACCGAGCCCCUCUGCUGGACUGGGAGGAGGUUCCGUCCGCGGAGAAGCCCGGUGGCGGUGCUGCUCCCGCGGCUCCUCACGCUAAGGACCGACUGUCGAGCCCCUCCAACAGCCGUGCCUUAUCAGGAUGCUCCGCCGCGCCGGGGUUUGGGUGGAGCAGCGGACCGGGGGGUCCCACUCCCAUCAGGGCUGCCUCAGACGGCUGCGGCGCCCCGCCCGCGACCUCCAGCGCUCCGGCGGGCACGGAUGGAGCGCUGGCGCCCGACGAGGAGGAGCAUCUCUCGGAUGCAGGACCGAGGGAGGUGUCGCUGGAGGAGAGGAUGGUGAAAUGGGAGGAAAAGGACCAGAUUGUGUCCGUCUUUGUGGUUACAUUCAAUACCAGAUCAGGAAACAUGCUGGAGUGGUGUCUGCCCAAAGACAUGGACCUGGAGGGAGUCGAGUUCAAAGCCAUCGCCAGCGGCUCCCACCGAGUCACCACAGACUUCAUAUACUUCCGUAAGGGCUCCUACUUCGGCCUCGCCUGCUUCGCCAACAUGGCCGUGGAGAGCACGGUGGAGAGGGGGGCGAGGAUGAAGUCGGUGGGGAUCCUGUCGCCUUCCUACACGCUGCUGUACCGCUACAUGAGCUUCCUGGAGCACCAGGUCAGGCUCCAGCUCCAGUCUCCGGGCCACUACUCUCCCCUGGAGGCCUUCUACGAGGACAAGAGAGCGCUGCUGCCCCCCGGUGGAGACGCUGUGGUUACUGCGUGUCCGGCCAACGCCUGGGGAGCCGCCAUCAACCACAGCAUGCACCCUGAGAUGAAGAUCACCCACCCGGCCGGCUGCAUGUCCCAGUUCAUCCGGUUCUUCGGCGAGCAGAUCAUGGUGCUGUGGAAACUGGCUCUGCUCCGCAGACGCAUCCUCAUCUUCUCUCCUCCACCCGUGGGCGUCGUCUGCUACAGAGUGUACUGCUGCUGCUGCCUGGCCAACAUCUCCAUCCCCGGGGUCGGCGUGGCCGUGCCCGAGUUCAGGCCCUUCUUCUACGUCAACGUGGCCGACAUCAGCGCUCUGGAGAACGAGCUCUCCUACGUGGCCUGUACCACCGAGAAGAUCUUUGAGGAGAAGAAGGAUCUGUACGACGUGUAUGUAGAUAACCAGAAUGUAAAGACCUACAGAGACGGUCUGAAGCCUCUGCUCCGCCUCAGCACCGCCGACAGGGACAAGUACCGCAAGUUAACAGAGCAGAGGCAGAUGCUGCUGUACUCCCAGGAGGAGAAUGGAGACUGUGUGUCCAGCGAAGAGGAUCUCUUUAUUCUGUUCUUCCUGGAGCAGAACAACCGGAUCUUCCAGACGCUGAGCGAGGUGGCGGGCAGCACCGACCCCACGGUGACCCAGGAGAGCGUGAGGGCCAUGGGUCUGGAUCCUCACGGGGACCGGCUCUUCCUGCUCCACCUGCUGGAGAUCUACGGCUACGACACCCUGCUGGUGUCCGAGCAACUGUGCUGCAGCUGAGAGGCCUCCUUGCCUUUCGUCGCUGCUGGUUUUAACGGUCGGAGGGGGUUGAGCCAACUCUCCAGUGCUGCACUACUGACUUCUGGGAGACUCCUCCGAAAGUUGUUUUUUACGUCGUGUGUCUCCGUGUGCUUCUUUGGUUCUGCUCCUUCACAAACUGACGGGUCAGCUCUCGUGGCCAGGUCUAGAGAUGAACUUGAUUAAGAUGGAUUUGUCUGAACCGGACUGCAUCAGGGGCAUCUGUUGGAAGACGAAGCGAGACAUCCGGAGAUUUCAGCAAAACAAAAACACAGACUGAAAUUUUUGCUGUAUGAAAGAGAAAGAGAGGUGGACUUGUUGUAAAUAAUCCUGAUUUCUUUUUGUUUCUUUUACGUACCCGUGCGUCCGAUUCUUGUUGCUCUCCUCGUCUCAAGUGCUGGAUUCAAACGUCCAACCGUUGAAGCCUCAAGACCGGGGCCUCCUCGCUCGCAUCUGUACCAACAGGUCCAACUGCCUUUCGAAGCUGUAACCGUCACAGCGGCAUUUAACGCUACCAGUCAUGGAUGUAGGACGCUUCAUUCCGUCUUUAUGCGAUUGUACGGAUCAUGUAGGAGAAGAGGCUCGUUAAAACGGUUGAUUUCCACCCGAGCAGUGUUUAAUUUUCUCGUCAACACAGAGGUCGACUGAACUCACAACUUCAGGUGUUUGUAGAUAUGAGCUUAAUUUUCUUUUUUUUAGCAGCUAAAACAUCUCAGAACAUAAACAGUUUUAGGCACAACUCUACAAUGUGUAAGCUUUGGAUAUUUUUCAAGCACAUCCCAGCAGCAGAUAAAGAUAAUUUAGCUCCAGCAGGACGGUAUCUUCAUGUCGUGUGUUAUAGUUGAUGCAUAAGUGAUUUAAAAAAAAGAAGUUUUUUUUUGCUUGUCAGGGAUGAAGAAAGAACCUUAAACCGGCUCUAACUGCUAUUUUUAUAACCGUGUAUCAUAGGUGAAAUUGUCGUUAUUGGAAAGCGGCGGCUCGCGGUGAUGAAUUAUCGGCCGAGUCCGCGGCUUCACGUGGCUUCGUUCAGUUCGCUCACGAUGUCGUUUUAAGAUGCAGCGCUUCACGAGAAACUCACAAACAAAUGUCUCUGCACAACAGAAACGAAGCCGAUUAGAGCUCGACAGAUACAGAAAAAUGUAAAGCAAGCAAGAGCGGCUCCAUUGUUGUUUGCAACAUCGUCUGCAGCACAUGUAGCAGAGUAUCGCAGCUGGGCCGACGGCGGUGCCGAGUCGAGUGGUGUCUUCACAGUUAGUUGCUAGUUUGUGAAAUACAUUGCUGUAAAGUCAAUAAACAAUGACCCCAUCUUCA